CGUAUCACCUGGCUCUUGAUUACUAUUUAUUAUUAUUAUUAAUAUCAUUUAUUAUUUAUUUUAAAUUAAUUAAUAAUUAUUUAAUAUUUAAUAGUCAUAAUUAUUUAAUAAUUACGUGAAAUGGUAAUUGUAAAUGUUUGAACUUUUACAUAUUUAUAUAUAUUUUAUUAUUUAUUUAAUUCAUUUCAAAUAAUGGUGUUGCGUAUUUUAUUAAUUAUUAUUUGUGUUCUUGAGGUAAAUAAAAUGAUCAAUGGCUACCCAAAUCAAAUGGAAACUAUUAGAGGCAACAUCACGUCCCAUAAUAGGGACGAAGAUACUCUUAUUAGAGUUCCAACGGCUGUGACCGAUGAGAAUCAAGAUUCAAGUGGAGAUGUAGGCGGUCGCGAUGCUGAUAAAAAAAAAGAUGGAGAAAAUAACAAGCAGAAUAAUCAAUUUAUUGAGAACUCAAACCAGAGAGCCCGUCAGCUAUUUAUUCAAUUUAAUGAUAAAACGAAAGUUGACAGCAAUAUCAAUAAUAAUAAUGAUGUCAAUGUCAAAAAUCAAUCGCGAAAUUAUCCAAAUGACUUGAUAAGUUUUUUUGAUAAAAAAAAUCGAAAAUAUUGGAAUCAUUACGACGACAAACCAGUGAAACAUCAUUCCGAUAGAGUGGUAUUCCCAGAGGAAAUAAUAUAUAAUAUAUUUAAUCAACCAAAUAAUAAUUAUAAUAAGGACGUACCGAUAAUUCCACGAGAAUGUGAAGGGGAACUGUUUUGUGAAAACGUACCGAAUUAUCCAAAAGAUAUUAUUAGGAAGCAAUUAAUAUUAAAUAGUCACUUACGUUUAUUCGAAACCAAAGAAGAACCGAUAACGAUAACUCAGCGAGUGGGAAAUAAUGAAUCAGAUGAAAAUGAACAAGAUGAGAAUCUUUGUCGUUCAAAAAUUGUAAAAUAUUAUCCACAAGCAGCAAAAAAUGAACAAGGUGUCCCGAAAUUUAUUGCUCAAGAACCGGAUUUUGUACAACGAGUUGACGUUGAACUUUGCGAAGAACCAGACCAAUCAUGUAAACUUGAGAGACAAUGGAAUGAAUUAGGUUAUACUACAUACUGUCAACAAAAAUAUAUACAACGUCAACUGAUAGCAGUCUCAAGCGGUACUUUAGAACCCGAUUGGUUUCGAGUCCAAUCAGGUUGUUGUUGUCAUCUUAAAUUUAAUGCCAGCCUAGUAGCAAAAUAAGCCAUUGAAGGGGUUAGACUUGAAGAGUAUAAGCGACAAUAGAAUUUUUUUUUACUGAAGUGUUUUUCAGCUCAUAAAAUUUCGCAUUUUCAGAAAAAACACUAGAAAAAAAUGUCACUUAUACACAUUGAGAUGUAACCCCUUCAAUUAUCUAAAAUUCAACAUAAAGAAAUUGAAGCAUUAUUUAAUUUAAAAAAAAAAAAUAAAUAAAUAAAAGUUGUCCGCCAGUGGUUUUUUUUGCCGUUAUUUUUUUUCGUUCUCUUUGAGAGAUUAUUCAUCAUUAUCUUCCGUAAACCCAGUGCGAAUUUAAAAAAUAAAAUAUUUUAUUAUAGAGGACAGUUGUGAGAGGAAAAAUUACAAGUACCAGUCGUUAAAUUAUUUUUUAUUAUUAUUGUUGUUGUGAAUUAUAAGUAGUUGGCAUAUACUCUUUUAUAUUUUUUUAAUGAUUAUUACUUUCGUACGAGCUAUUACUUGAUUUAAAUUGUUUAAAUAAUAAAAAAAAUUUAGUACUUUGAA